AGUUGUGAGUUUUUGGGACUUGGAACUUCUCUCUCUCUUGGAAGGGUAGCUAGAUUGAUGGAGUACUCAUUGACCCUCCAAUUUUCUUCUCAGAAAACCGUACCAACCAGCAGGAUAUAAACCCCCAGAAGUUGUUGAUAGCCAACAAUCAGUCUCUCCUGCUAAUAUCUGAUACAUCUAACACCAAAUUUCUCUCUCUCUCUCUCUCUCUCUCUCUCUCUCUCUCUCUCUCUCUCUCUCUCUCUCUCUCCCCUACGUACGUACAUCAUGGCUCGAAAGAACGAUGGGUCAGCAAAAAGGGUUAUGAACAAAGGAGCAUGGACAGCGGAGGAAGAUAGAAAACUUGCAGAAUAUACUGAAAUUCAUGGUGCAAAGAGGUGGAAGACAGUUGCUUCAAUAGCAGGUUUGAAUCGUUGCGGGAAGAGUUGCAGGUUGAGAUGGUUGAACUAUUUGAGACCCAAUAUUAAGAGAGGCAACAUUUCUGAUGAUGAAGAGGACUUGAUAAUUAGACUUCAUAAACUACUAGGAAACAGGUGGUCCUUGAUUGCCGGGAGACUUCCAGGCCGAACAGACAAUGAAAUAAAGAACUACUGGAAUUCUCAUUUGAGCAAAAAAAUGAGUCAGAAGGAGAAAAAACCGCAGACUUCAACAGCCCAAGACACGACGACGAAGUCUGCUACUGCUACUGCUACUAAACCUUCCCAUAAAGCAUCAGACGAUUGCGCUGAUACGAACUUUGAUGUGAAUGAGUUCUUUGACUUCUCUGCCGAAGGUUCUUAUGGGUUGGAGUGGGUGAACAAGUUUCUUGAGCUUGAUGAAAACACCACGGCUAAACAAGAAAAGGUCAGCAGCAUUGUGUAAUUGAAGUAUUACAAAAAUAAUUUGUUAUUGACAGUCUAUAAAUUUAAUUAUGUAUUCUGAACUUUUUAUAUUUAGUAGAAAAAUACUCUUAUCAGGAGUACGGUACACAACUAGAUCUAAUUAAAUGUAUAGAGUUUCAAUAAUAGUUUCUUUAAAUGAAGAUUCAUAAUUGUAAACUAAA